CACAACCAGAGCUCAGGAAGAUUAGUUAGGUGUUCAAAUUGUCAGAGCUACGAAGAGGACUACGAACAGAAAACAUGAGUGGCUCAAAUCCGGACGAAGCAUGAAUAGGCGCGGGGCUCGUGGAAUAUUUUUACCUUUUUUCUUCGUCGGGUGCGAUUCAUUUUCUGCGAAGCUACGCGACCUAGUCCACGUUCCAUUGGUUUCGCCGCUCUUUCUCGAGGGUCUCUGCAAAUUAAACGUCGGUGUCUUCUUUGUUUUUGGAACUUUUGAAGGAUUGCAAUGACAACUAGUAUAGCCGGCGGGAGCGGCGAACUUCAUUACCUGUUCACAGACUUCAAGGGGCGAAAUUGUAGAAGGACUUGUAUGGUCUCUGAUGUACCCAUCAAGAGCUAUUUGCAAAAGGAUCUCCCUUGGUCAAAAAGAGCGCAGAGUUUAACACGGAAAAACCGAUAUAAACUUGCUGUGUCUCCAGUUUAUGAGAAUUGGAAACUUCCCAGAUCAGUCAUCUCCUCCUACAAGAAAGAUGGUUCCACUAAGUAUUUUGACUUUGCUGUAAUUGGAAGUGGAAUUGCUGGCCUUCGCUAUGCACUUGAAGUUGCAAAACAUGGAUCUGUUGCAGUGGUCACAAAGGCUGCCCAUGAAUGCAACACGAAUUAUGCUCAAGGUGGUGUUAGUGCUGUCCUAUGCCCUUCAGAUUCAGUGGAGAGUCACAUGAAGGACACCAUAGUGGCUGGGGCUUAUCUUUGCGAUGAGGAGACAGUCAAAGUUGUCUGUACUGAAGGACCCGAUAGAGUUCGAGAACUGAUUGACAUGGGUGCAUCAUUUGAUCAUGGUGAAGAUGGAAACUUGCAUCUAGUGAGGGAAGGAGGCCAUUCACAUUGUAGAGUUGUUCAUGCUGCUGAUAUGACUGGAAAAGAGAUUGAACGUGCUUUGCUGAAGAAAGUCAUCAGUCAUCCUAAUAUUUUUGUCUUCAAACACCACUUUGCUAUAGAUUUGCUCACUUGUCAGGAUGGAUCUGAUAUACUCUGCCUUGGUUUUGACACUUUAAGUACUGAGACAUCACAGGUGGUAAGAUUUAUUUCAAAAGUGACUUUACUCGCAUCUGGUGGGGCCGGACAUAUUUAUCCUACGACUACAAAUCCCCUGGUAGCCACUGGAGACGGGAUGGCCAUGGCACACCGAGCUCAAGCUGUGAUUUCCAACAUGGAGUUUGUACAAUUUCAUCCUACUGCUUUAGCUGAUGAAGGGCUCCCUCUCAAACCAACCAAGCCUCGGGACAAUGCAUUUCUGAUCUCUGAGGCUGUCAGGGGUCACGGGGGCAUCCUGUAUAAUUUAGGCAUGGAAAGGUUCAUGCCCUUGUAUGACGAGAGAGCAGAGCUUGCCCCCAGGGAUGUGGUGGCGAGAAGUAUAGAUGAUCAGCUUAAAAGGCGUGAUGAUAAGUAUGUGCUACUUGACAUUAGUCACAAGCCCAAGGAGGAAAUUCUCUCCCAUUUCCCCAACAUUGCUUCUGUGUGUCUCCAAUAUGGCUUGGACAUAACUCGCUGUCCAAUCCCAGUGGUUCCAGCUGCUCAUUAUAUGUGUGGUGGAGUGCGGGCUGGGCUCCAGGGGGAGACAAAUGUACGAGGUCUGUAUGUGGCUGGUGAGGUAGCAUGCACGGGCCUGCAUGGGGCCAAUAGGCUUGCUAGCAACUCAUUGCUUGAGGCACUAGUUUUUGCUCGUAGAGCUGUAGAGCCAUCUGUUGAUUGCAUGAAGAGCUCCAGCCUUGAUUUGACUGCUUCAAAUUUGUGGCCUAGACCCAUUGUGCCUCUGUCACUUGGAAGUGGUGUCAUUGACAAAAUAUCAGCGAUGACAUCGGAAGUGAGGAGAGAGCUGCAAUCUAUUAUGUGGAGUUAUGUUGGAAUUAUUCGGUCCACCAUGAGACUAGAAACCGCAAACCAAAAAAUUGCUGAAUUAGAAGCUAAGUGGGAGGGUUGCUUAUUUCAGCAUGGGUGGAAGCCAACUAUGGUGGGGCCUGAGACCUGUGAAAUGAGAAACCUUUUUUGUUGUGCUCAGCUGGUGGUCAGUAGUGCCCUUUCUAGGCAUGAGAGCCGUGGGCUACAUUACACAAUUGAUUUUCCUCAUCUUGAAGAAAGUGAGAGACUGCCAACUAUUAUUUUCCCAAGUUCACUUGUAAAGAGUUCGUGGAGUUCUGUACAACUACACAAGCCGUCCAUGUAUCAAGUCCUCUAAGAUAGCUUUGACAGCCAGGAUAUAAGGAAUAGCAAUUGGACAAUGUUGCCACCACCAUUUGAAGGCUAACCACGGAGAAUAAUGAAUGUUUCUGACAAGUAUAGAGAGCUGGGAAAAAGGUACGCGGUGUGGAACUGUCGUACUUCAUCAUGAUAUGCUAAAGCGAGCAAUCGGACACGUUGGAAGAAAAACGAACCUAGCAGCCUUUGCAGCAAAUUUGUGGGUUGCAAUUUAAGUCGCUAUUGCUAAUCAUGGAAUGCUUUCCCUUCACUCUAAUAAGUCGUGAAUUUGAUUAAGCCGUAGAACUAGAAUCAAAAAGGGGGGAAGAACCAUCCCUUUGUUACUUUUUCAUUCACAUUGCCAAGGCAACGGCAUAUUAAAAUGUAUGAAUCAGUGACUUUCUGUCCACUUAAUGCAACGAGCUCGUCUGUAGUUAGCAAGUGUAGACCUGCAAAUAAUUAGUUAUGAAAGCAACCGGAAAGAAGAGCUUCAUCCA